AUGGCAGUCUGUGUAAAGGCUACGUGUCUUGUCGGCGUGGAGGUGAAACUGCACAGACUGCUGCUGGUUGGUUGUAUGAACUCCUCCAGGACGACUUUUGUUGAAAAGUUUCACCCGAAGAGCCUUUUCAGCUCUCUGUGCCCCGUUCCUUCAAGGCUUCAAGGGACUCGAAGCUUCUUCCCUUUCAGCGCAUGCGCAGUGGCUCACCCGCUGAAACGCACUGGUCCACCUGGAAGAAGUAAAGUGGGAUUCUUCAGCAGGAGCUACAGUGAUGUCCCCUCACAUUUCUUUCACAGUCGAAGCCCAUCGGGGUUCAGAUGCCUGCAGAGAUCUGAAUCUGCAGGACUGAGGAGGGAGAUCCUGCUGCCAGGAGGUGCAGCCUGGCCAGGAGUGUCCGUAAUCCGCAGAAGAGGGACAGAUGCUCCCGUUUCCAGUGUGUCUCCUAUUUUUUUAGUGAUGAAGUUUGACCCCGAGGGAAACGUGACAUCGUUUGAAAAGAAAAAGACCGAACUUUGCCAGGAACUGAGUCUUCAGGCCAGAGACCUUCGCUUCCAGCACAACACCAGCCUCACUACGAGGAACAACUGCAUCAUCAUCCGAAUGGCCGCCGAGGAGCUGGCAAACAAAGCCAGAGAGCUGAAGGGACUGAUAGACGACUCGGAGAGCGUCAUCUUUAUUAAUCUGGACAGCCAUCGUAACGUGAUGAUGCGUCUGAACCUGCAGCUGACGAUGGGCUCCUUCUCUCUCACUCUGUUUGGGCUCAUAGGAGUCGCCUUUGGAAUGAAUUUAACAACAGCUUUUGAAGACGACCCUCGGGCUUUCUGGCUGGUAACUGGCUUCAUGUUCUUGGGCAGCGGGCUCAUCUGGAGACGACUCUUAUCAUUUUUGGGAAGGCAUCUAGAGCCUUCACUUCUCCCACCGGCAGUAGUUCCCCGUAUUUUCAAAUCCAGCAUCGUCAUCAUACCAGUUCCCAAAAGUCCAGGUGCAUCCACCGUUCAAGACUACAGGCCAGUGGCACUAACAUCUAUCACUACGAAGUGCCUAGAAAAACUGGUUCUUAAGCACAUCAACAGCAUGGUCCCAGAUACUGUCAACCCCCUCCAUUCGGCCUUCAAUACCAUCUGCCUGGGGAAACUGAUAGAGAAGCUGACAGACCUCGCCAUUCCAACUCCCACGUGUAACUGGGUCUUGGACUUCCUGACAGACUACAGGUGGGUGUCUGCUGAACUCACACACAACACCAUCAUUACUAAAUAUGUUGAUGACACUGCUAUAUUGGUGCUCAUCCAGGAGGGGAACGAGUCAUGCUACAGGACUCGGGUAGACAAAAACAACCUCAUCCUCAAUACAGACAAACCUAAAUAA